ACAUUAAGCGUGCAUUUCGUCUUCCGAGUCUCCACUGUUCUUCAACAGUUCCCUCUCCUCUGCUCUCCUCUCUGCCUUCCAUUUCCUUUAUCUCUAACCUUUUCAAUCUCUUUUUCCCAUUCCCCUCUCGAUCUUUCCACGAUUCGGCUAAAAGGUAACUUAGGGAAGUGACUGGGAGCCAUAUAAGAACAUUAAUAUGCCUUGGUCGGGUUCUACUGUGGAUGUGUUCCACAAAGUUGUGCGCCUGAAAAUCUGUUGCUGGGUUAUACUAUAAUUCAUUUCUUGUCCCAUUGAACAUUUCUUACUUCAGUUCUUAUCAGCUUCAUAUCAUCUAAUCAUGGGAUCCAAUCACUUUUUCAUCAUUGCCUCUGAUAUAUACAUCAGCUGAAGCCAAUUUUAGGACUUCAAUCUAUUUUUCUUCUUAGUUUAGUUCCCCUGUGUUAUGUUUGAUGGUUGGUGUACUCUGAAUUUCGACGAACCCGCUUGGCCUUUGUUACAUUGUGUUGUCCCUUCUGGCUCAUAUUGUUUUCAUCAUCCUUAGCUUAGUAAAGGGUUAAAGAGUAGUUAUGGUGUGCCAAUCAGCGAGCCAAACACGAUUUCGGGCUUUGAAAUAUGAAAAUGGGAUUGCAGGGAAGCCAACAAUAGUUAUUAAAGUGAUUGCAUGUUUUCAACCUCCACAGAAUUGCCAGGCUGAGUACUUCCGUCAGUUGCUCAAACCUGUCACGUAGAUCGAUUUGCGAUUUUUACGAUAAUCUUGAGCUGAAGUUUUUCACUUUUGUUCUUUUAAUUGUUUGUUUCUGAAAGAAUCAGCGCAUAAUUGAACAGCGGAAAUCAGAGACAUAUUAAUCUUGUGGUGAUUGUUUUUUGUUGGAUGGUUAAGACUGGAGAUUCUUGGCCUCAGUCUGGGCAUUCUGCUGGGAACCUGCCCAAAUUUGAUUGCAUGAACGAGUUGUUAAAUCUCAGAUUGCGAUGUCUGAACCGAGACACUUGUAUCUCGUCUGCACAAACGGAGUUUUGGGGUUCUUCUAUUCAACAGGCUGGUUUGAAUUCAGAACCGAGGAAUGGGUUGCCUUAUGGCUCUCCAUUUUAUUCGAGGACCAUGCAUCCCAAUGUACUUCCAUGCCUUUUGAAGAAACAGUAUGAUUCAUCUUUGGAACUUGCUCAAAUAGCUUUACCUGGUUCAAAUACUGAGUUUUCCAAGAGGAAAUUCAUUAUCUUUGAUCAGUCUGGAAAUCAAACAAGUGUAAUGUAUAGUUCUGGUUCUGCUCAGAUCCCCUUGUCGAUUAGUGCGAAAAAAUGCAGUCAUGGCUUAAAUGAUGAUGAAGAAGAAGAAGCUGCUAGAGAUUUUGAUAUAAAAAGUUAUUUAUAUCACAAAAGUCCUUCGACAAAUGAAAUUGUUGCUGGUGAGGAGAGCGAGAUGCAUGAAGACACUGAAGAAAUAAACGCUUUGCUUUAUUCAGAUGAUGACAAUCACUGGAGCAGUGAUGAUGAAGUAACUAGCACUGGUCAUUCUCCACCGCUGAUUAAGGAACUUUAUGAUAAACAAAUUGAGGAAAUGAAUGAAGAAGUUGCUAGUUCUGAUGGCCCCAGAAAAAGGCAGAGAUUGCUAGAUGGUAGGCACAAGAACUUGUCAGAUGCCCCUUUUUCAAAGAAAGUAGAUGCAUUUAACAACUACGAAGUUGAUACGAAAUCGAGUUACUCUGGCGACGAUAGCCAAGGACAUCUAAUGGAUUACGGUUUGGGGAAAUUUUCAUCGAAACAAGAUAAGUUACGAGAGACUUUGAAACUUCUUGAAAGCAUGGUUCCUGGUGCUGAGGGCAAGCCCCCGACGUUGGUCAUCGAUGACGCUAUAGACUACUUGAAAUCUCUAAAGUUUAAAGCAAAAGCUAUGGGGUUGGUUGCCACGCUACCUCGCAGUGAUGUGGGUCAAGGAUGUCAGGAUGGGAAAGCAAAAGUGGCGAGCAAAGAUUUCUUUCCAGAAUGAUUGUUGAAUUUGAAAAGUUGGGUUGGGUAGCUUUUAUGGGACCCCAUGGACAUUAAGGGGCUGUAUUAUUGGGCUACUAAAGGAAUUUAAGUAAUAUGCAGACACUGCUCUUUGCUUGCUGCCGUUGAAGACAAACUGGGUAAUGUUGACUAGAAAUGAUGAUUUACUUGCUUUUGGGGCACUAAAGAUUGGAGGAAUCACUGGGAUUUGACAACUUAGGAGGUGACAAUGGAGGGAUUUGUUGUGUUUUUUUGAAGGACCCCAUGAAUUUAGUGCAUGCGCAUUUGGUAACUUAGGCCCCACGGUCCACUCAACUCGACUCGACCCGCGUUCUCUAUAUUUUUCUCUGCCUUCUCUUUAACUUGUAUGAAUAUAUUAUAAAGAAACACUGCAGAUAAUGUAAGAAAUUGGAAAAGUGAUCCAAGUGCAAGAGAUUGUGAGAGUGUAGCAAUGCGUUUCAUGAUGAUAUGGUGGGAGCUGCGCUGGAGUUGCCCUUUAAUCAAAGAUAUGCUCUAAAGGUAAGCUUGUUUCUCUCUUUUUUCCUUGCAAAGUGGGAAGUGAUUGCUUUUUGUAUAGAAAGUUGUGGUGGUGGUGGUGGUGGUGGUGCUUUGCUGCUGCUUGUGGUGAACUUCCUCUGAUGUUGGCUUUAGUUUUUAGAUUUUGUUGGUUUUUGAUGGUCACUGUGGGCUUCCCUGUUGGUUUGUGAGUUUGAGUUUGGAAAUGAUGAAUAAUUAGUGGAUGAAUGUGUUAUUGUUCUUAGUUUUCAUUGUUUAAUUCUGUCUGGUUUGCUUUGUUUGUACUACUCCCACUUCUAUGUAAUAAUGAUAAUUGGAUUUUGAUGAAAUUGGAGCUGUGUUUCUUGUGA